UCAUGGACUUCAAAUUUUAUCUGUUGUCAAUUUGUCUUUUUGACUUGAACCUUUGCCGUGUCGUUCGGCGAAGACAGCCAGGAUGAAGUACAAUAAACUGGUAACGUCCUCAAGAAGGAAGAACAGGAAGCGUCAUUUCAGUGCGCCUUCACACAUCAGAAGAGUGCUUAUGUCCGCUCCCCUAUCCAAAGAGCUGAGACAAAAAUUCAACGUUAAAUCUAUGCCAAUCCGCAAAGACGACGAGGUCCAGGUUGUCCGCGGCCACUACAAGGGCCAGCAGGUGGGCAAAGUAGUCCAGGUCUACAGGAAGAAGUUUGUGGUGUACAUUGAGAGGAUCCAGCGUGAGAAGGCCAACGGAGCCACCGCAUAUGUCGGCAUCCACCCCUCAAAGUGCGUGAUCGUCAAACUAAAGAUGAACAAGGACCGUAAGGCCAUCCUCGACCGCAGAGCGAAGGGCAGACGAGCGGCUCUGGGUCUGGACAAGGGCAAGUACACGGAAGAGACUGCUGCCGCCGCGAUGGAGGUCUCGUAAACAUAGAUUUAAGAAUAAAAGUU